CUGAUGUCUUCACCCGUCGCUUGCACCGGUCCUCUUGGCUUCCGAUCGCGCGGUGUUAGCGACAAGACGGACACGCCGUCCUUGCUCCUCCGUCGUACGAUCGAGACAGAGUCGCCAAUAAACCGCCAGAAUCCCUGAACUCAUUUAAUUGAUGAUUUAGGUUCUGAGGCGAGGAUUUAAUCGUGCCUUAGCUCGGAAAAUUCUGAACCGGCGCUCCUGGCCGAUCUUUAAUAGUCCUUCCACCCCUCGCUGCUAUCGAUCUAUGCGAGUCCACCAAGGUUGGAAAGACAAGCACGAUGGAGUUCCAGCACGAGCCCAAGCAACAUGUCGAUCCCCUCGUGGCCGAAUCACAUUCGGACAGCCCGUCAUCAGUGACGGCACCUAUCAACGCCUCCGGUCACAAGCAGGAACUUGAUCGCAAUUUUGGCUUUAUCAAUAUCUGUGGGCUGGCCCUGACCAGCGGGAACACCUGGAUCGCUUUGGGUGGAAGUAUCGUCACGGCCAUCUAUGAUGGAGGUCCACCCGGUGUCAUCUAUGAGAUGAUCGCUGCCUCGGUCUUUUACUGGUUCAUCGCUGCAUCCCUCGCUGAGCUGGCCUCGUCCAUGCCAUCAUCUGGUGGAGUGUAUCACUGGGCCUCUAUCACGGCAGGAAAAUAUGGUCGCGUCUGCGGUUUCUUCGCCGGCUGGUGGAACUUCCUAGCCUGGAUCUUCGGUGCUGCCUCGACGACUCAGAUACUCGGCACCCAGGUCGUGUCCGCAUACGCUUUGUUUCAUCCCGAAUAUGUCAUUCAGCGCUGGCAUGUCUUCAUUGCCUACCUGAUUUGCUCCAUAGCCUGUUGUUUCAUGGUCGCAUUCGCUAACCGCGCCCUGCCCAUGGUGGAAUCGCUGGGCGGGUUCCUGGUCGUCGGCGGCUUUCUUGUCACCGUUAUUGUUUGUGCCGUGAUGCCCCAUGUCAACGGGCAGCCCUAUGCCUCCAACGACUUUGUCUGGCGCGACUGGCUCAACGAGGCUGGAUAUAGUAGCGACGGCUUCGUCUUCUGUCUGGGAAUGCUCAACGGCGCCUUCGCUGUCGGAACGCCUGAUGUCAUCUCCCAUCUGGCCGAGGAGGUGCCCAACCCGGGGAAGAACAUUCCCCUGGGCAUGCUGGCUCAAUACGUCAUGGGUUUCUUCACUGCUCUCCUCUAUUGCAUUGUUAUCUUCUACGGCAUCACCGACCUGAAUGCCGUUCUCGAUGCCCCUUACCUCUUUCCCCUCACCGAGAUCUACGUCCAGAUCACCGGCUCUCGGGGUGGCUCUCUCGGCCUGAUCAUCGUCUCCAUGCUGCCACUCUUUGUUGCCAUUGUUGGCUGCUAUCUCACAUCGAGUCGUGUGCUCUGGACUCUGGCCCGUGACGGUGCCACGCCGUUCAGCGGCUACCUGGGUCGGGUCAACCAUACGUUCAAGAACCCCCUCAACUCUGUCCUUGUCUGCGGCGUUAUCGCCAUCAUCCUUGGCUGCAUUUAUGUCGGAAACUCGACUGCAUUCAGUGCAUUUGUCAGCUCGUUCGUCGUCCUGACCACCCUCUCCUACCUCACUGCCGUUCUCCCGCACUUGCUCCGUGGCCGACAGGGCGUCCGCCGGGGCUGGUUCUGGAUGGGUGGAAUCACGGGGUACAUUGUCAACAUCAUCACCUGCCUAUACAUGAUCGUGUUCAUCGUGAUCUUCGUUUUCCCCUUCUCGAUGCCCGUGGAUGCCGAAACGAUGAACUACACCUGUCUGAUCACGGGUGGAUUCACCAUCUUUAUCACGCUAUUCUGGUUCAUCCGUCAGGGCAGCUACACCGGGCCCAAGGAAAUCGAGCCUGAUAGUGAUGCAUUGGCGAAGGAUGCCAUGUAAUGUCCUUGGCUGAAUAGGUGAUCUUCAAAGUAUAUGGCGGUAAUGUAAUAGCCUGCCCUAAUGGUAUUGUUUAGUGUUAGUAAAGAUAUACAUAAAAGCAUUGUUAUACCCC